CUCGGAAAGAAUGCAAUCAAACGCAUUCUCAAAGAAGAGCUUUGGGAAGCUUCUCGGCCAAAACGCAUUCAGCAUCAACGCGAGAAAGAUAAGCUCAAGAGAGCAGAAAGAAGAAAAUUGAUUGAGGAUGGUGUAUUGGAGCCACCACCAAAGCGCCAAAGACGACCUGAGAUUACUCUGGCUAACACAAACAUUGUAUUGGAUUGUUCAUUUUCCGAUAAAAUGAUUCCAAAGGAAUUACAAUCCCUACAAUCACAAAUCGUUCGCUGUCAUAGUGCCAAUAGAACAGCGCCUCUGAGUAUGCCAUUAACAAUUACAUCAUUUGAUGAUGCAUUUGAAAAGGUUAUGGAUAAGAAAGGCGGGAGUUGGACCAACUGGAAGAACGUUAAAUUUGAACGAAAAAGUUACACUGAGCUCUACGAUAAAAAAGAUCUCGUUUACCUUUCAGCUGAUUCGGAGAAUGUGAUCCAUGAGUUGGAAGAGGGAAAGACAUACAUAAUCGGGGGUAUUGUUGAUAAGAAUAGAUACAAGGGAUUAUGUCAAGAAAAAGCUACAAAAGAAGGUAUUGCUACUGCGCGACUUCCUAUUGGCGAGUAUCUCCAGAUGGCAAGCCGCAAGGUGUUGACAGUAAAUCACGUUUUUGAGAUCAUGAUUAAGUGGCUCGAACACAAAGAUUGGGAAAAAGCGUUUAUGGAAGUAAUCCCUCAACGCAAA